AUGCCAACUUCAUGCAGAACAAGUUCACCAAAGCCAAAACCUUGCACAAAGGAAUCAAAGGAAAGUGGAGAGAAAGCCAGUCGUCAAAGUCAAAAGUUGAAAGCAGAAGCCAAAAAGAUUCCCAGACCUUCGGGUCUGCAGUCCAGCUUGUUAAGACUUUAUGGCAGUCUUGGGAUUGGAAUCUCCGCAUUUGCUGCAGUGGCUGAGAUGAUGAGACAUCAAAUUCCCACGGGCCAUUUUGAGCUGCGUGAUGGUCGAUUGAUCAAUAUCAGCCAUUUUGAUCCACUGGAGCUAGGGCCGUUUCCAAAGUGCCACCCGCAUUUUGGGGAGCACCGGGUGAACGAUACAUGGGUCAAGAUUGCACAUGUUCCGGCCGGUGGGCCGUUCCUUCCUGGUCAUCCGCAAAAUCCAGAGUGGCUUGAGAAAUCUCGAAUGCAGCAGAAAGAAGACAACCUCACGUGGAAGAGCUUUCAAUCUUCUCUACAUAUGGUAGUUCUAGCAUCUCUUUGCGUGUUGACAGCAUCCAAGCACAGCUUGUGGACGCUGACAGAGCCAGCUGCGACGCAAAGAAGCACACACACGUUGGAGCAAGAGGAUGCAUACUGGCUUCCACUGAUAGGAUCAGGAUUCUUAUUUGCCAUUUUCCUUGGCUUAAAAUAUUUGAGCAUCGACUGGUUGAAAGAGAUUCUGCAAGUGUGCAUCCUGAGCACAUGUGCCAUUGGUGUCGGAGAUAAUGCAGAAGAAUUAUGGCAAGUUUUUGGUGCUCCAGGGCAGGCAGAGCCGACAUCAACCUUCACAACACUCUUGAAAUUCAUUCCAGGCUUUGGGAUGGCCUUGGCUUAUGCAAUUUCAAAACAUUGGAUGUUGAAUAACAUCAUGGGCUUGUCAUUCUGUUUGAUGGGCAUCAGGUACGUGAAUUUGUCAAGCUUUCGAACUGGAGUUGUUCUUCUUGCUGGCCUAUUCCUGUAUGAUGUGUUCUGGGUGUUUCUCAGCAAGCCGCUUUUCGGUGCAAAUGUCAUGGUGUCUGUAGCCAAGGGCAUUGAGGCACCCAUGAAACUACUUCUCCCACGCGAUUGUGGUGGUUGUGGAGACUUGAAGUUCGGUAUGUUGGGCCUUGGAGAUAUUGCUGUUCCUGGCCUUUUCACUUCCUUCCUGGCAAAGUGGGACGCAGUGAAGAUGAGCGAGGGCUCGAGCACUGGCUUCAUUUACUUGAACGUAGCCAUUAUGAUGUACAUAUUGAGUUUAGCGGCUACAAUUGCAGCCAUGAUCAUCUUCAACCAUGCUCAGCCAGCCCUUUUGUACAUUUGUCCCGGUCUUUUACUUGGUUCGAUUGGAGUGGCCUUUGCCCGUGCGGAAACCUCACAGUUGCUGACAUACUCUUUGCCUGGUAGUCCAGAGAAGAAGCAGCCUGAGGAGGAAGAGGCUGCCAAGAAGACAAGGUAG